GACAAUCAUACAAACCUACUUUAUGUAAUAGACAGAGACCUAUCUUCGAAUUCAAAAGUAUAUAAUAUAGAGAUAUGAGAUAUUUAGGUAUAUGUGCAUGUAUAUUCGUAAACGUAAUUCAUACACACACAUACACUAUUGUAAUACAUAUUUGAAUAUAAGACGGGGAAAAAAAAUUAAAACCUAAGUAGAAAAUAAUAAAAAAAUCAAAAGAAAAAACGAAAAUAAAAAGAAAAAAAAAAUAUUUUUUCGGUACAUCAUUUCAACACAAAAUUUUUGUUGCUUUUGCUUUUUAUUUUUAUUAUUGUUGUUUUUAUAUUAUUAUUAUUAUUAUUUUUUUUUGUUUUGUCUUUUUUAUUUUAUUAUUUUUGUUUUUUUCUUUUAUUUUCUUUUUCUUUUUGAAUUUAGUGGAUUGCAUGAAUGUUACUGACUGAGACUCUCAGAAUAUACCACAAAUUAUUGUAUUGUCAUGGCGUCGUCAGCGACGUUGUGUGUCUGGCAGUCGUCGUAUCAGAACUGAAUUAAAAUAAAUAAUAAUAAAAAAAAAAAUAUAAUAAAUAAAUAAAUAAAUAAGAAAUAGAAAAUAAAUAAUAAAAGCAAAAAAAUAUUUGAUAAAAAAAUAUAUAUAUUUUUUUUUUAAAUAUAAUUUGCAAACUGCAAAACAGAGAUAAUCACAAAAAAAAUAAUAAAAAAUAAUAAUUUUUAAUUUUAAAUAAAAUAAAAAUUAUAUAUAAAUAUAUAUGUAUAUACAUAUAUAUUAUAUACAAUAAAUAAUUUUGGAAUUGAAGACGCGAAAGUUGACGUAAAUGAAUCGCGUGCUGAUUUUCGGCGGUUUAGUAAGCAUUUUUGUUUUCUGAUAUUUUUCGGUUUUGAAACCCGGUUCAUUUUUCGAUUUUUGUUUCUAUUACAAAAAUUAUUUGUGUGACAACAAGAAAAAAAAUAAUAAUAAUAAAAUUUUUUUAAUUUUAAAAUAUGCAACGAUCUUAGAAAUUUUAAUUUAUAAAUAAUGAAAAAGAAAAAAUUAAAAAUAAUUUAAUAAAAAAAAUAUUUUAAAUAUCAAAUGUCAUUUUUGUAUUUUUUUUUUUUUUUUUUGUUUGAAAAUAUUCAAUAUUUAAACGAGUGUAUUAUUUGUUAUAAUUUUAUAAUAAAAAGAAAAAAAUAUUAAAUUAAUUAAAACAAAAAUUUGAAGUAUUAUUAAAAAUAAAUAAGAAAACCGAAUUAUUAAAAUAAUAUUAAGAAAAUAUUUAUAAAAAAUGUAUUACUAUUAAUAAUAGUAGAAAAAAGUAUUGUUUACAUCACACACAGGAUAUAUUUAAAAAAAAGAAAAACAACAACAACAGCAACAAAAGAGAAAGCGAAAAUGUAAACACACAAUCACAAUAUCAAGGAAGAAAAAUAAUUUUUAUAUUUAUAAAAAAAAACAAUAAUUGUUUUUGACAGAUUAAAAAUAAUAAACACUAAGAAGUGAAUGUGUUAAUUGUCACAUUAAUUGUUGUGUGAAUGUGAUUAUAUAAAAUAAAAAUGUAUAUAAUUGAAUAAAAAAAGUAUAAUUUUGUUUUACAAAAAAAAAAUAAAUAAAUUAGUAUUUAUUAUUUAAUUUAAAAGAAAAGAGAAGAUAAAUAAAAAUUAAAAAAAAAAAUUAGUAGCCAUAAUGGAAAUGAAAAGGACUUGUAGAUGAUUAAGAACAAUUAAGACACAAAACAACAUUUUAAAAAUGUUAUGAUUUCUUUGAAUCACAAAAUUUAAUAAAAUUUUUUGACAUUUCUUUUAAACUACAAAAAGUCAAACAAAAAAAAAAUAAAUUUAUAAAAUAAUCAAACAAAAAAAGAAAAUUUAUUAUUAUUAUUGUUAUUUUACAAUUUUACGUUUUUAAAUGUGUAUAUAUUUCACAAUACAUUUUGAGUUGUCAAAUUAUUUGACAACUCUUGAAUAUAUGAAUGACAGAUAAAUAUAGUGAUUCAAAGCCGUCGGUAAUAUCAUUAAUUAGUGAUUUUAUCCAAAAAAAAAUUACAAAUAUAGAAAAUUCAGAGUGGUUAAGUAGACGCGGAGUGGCUCCUGGGCCGCCAUUGAGUCUGCCGUCCACGCUGGAGGAUUCAACAGCCGGUUGGAAAGGUGGACCGGCUGGUGGUGGUCCCGAUAAUCAAACAGUUCCUGGCGGUGGCGGUAGCGGUCCUGGAAAUGGUCCAGGUAAUGGACCGGGUAGUGGUGGAGGAGGAGGUGGUGGAUUUGGUCCAUCUGGACCAAAUUCAUUUGGUGGUCCAGUUUCAGUAUUUCCACAAGCUGGUCAAGGUUCACCAGCUGGUAAUAGCCAAUCGGUAGGUGGUUAUCAAACAGGUCCACCACCAGGUUCAAAUACACCACAGUAUACAGCAUCACCCGCCCCAUCUGGUUCAUCGACACCUGGUCCCGGACCACCACAAAAUGUUAGCGGUGCUGGUUUUCCUCCUCCUCCGAAUUCAGCGGGUCCACCAUAUAAUGGGCCGGGUCCUGGUCCGGGAGGACCAGGUGGACCAUUCGGAUCACCCUCAGGACCAGGACAAUUUGGUCGUCCUGGUAGUAGUGGGCCUACAUUCGGGGGUGGACCAGGUCCAGGGGGACCUGGUGGUCCACAUUUUGCUUCACCAGGUGGUCCAGGGGGAUUUGGAGGGCCACAAUUCGGUAUGCCACCUGGUUCACCAUUCGGUCAUCCGGGUGGUGGACAUCCUAUGGGCCCCAUGGGCCCCGGUCAUAUGAUGGGAGGACCUCAGCCAGUUGAUAGAAUGGAUCAGGGGUGAGUUUUAAAUCAAUUUUUUAAUGUGAAUUAACUAUAAGUAAGUAAAAGUCAUUAAAAUUUUUAAUUUCUUUUAUUGAAAUGCAUAAUAAAAUUGUAAUUAUAUUCUAAAUUCUAUAUUUUGAAUAGCUCGCAUUGUUUUGUGUUGUUAAA